AACUGGCUCUCCGGGCCCGGGGACGCGGCGCGGGUCUCGGCGGCGGCUGAGCGUCCGCGCGCCUUCUGGAGCCGGCCUGUCGCUGCGGCGGCUUCCUGCGCGAUCGUGAGCGGCCGCCCUCCCCAGCAGGCUCUCAGACCGUGCAGAGAUUUCCCCGCGGCGGGCAUAGUGGACCCAUAAGGCCAGCAAGGGGAGGCGUUCCCACCGGGGCUCUUGCCUUGCUCGCCUUCUCCCGAGGUGGUCGUGGGGCAGACGUGACCUCCAAGCCCUGCAGACCUCCAUGGCGCACAGGCUCCGGAUCCAACUGCUGACCUGGGAUGUGAAGGACACGCUGCUCAGGCUCCGCCGGCCGGUGGGGGAGGAGUAUGCCAGCAUGGCCCGGAGCCACGGGCUGGAAGUGGAGGCCACAGCCCUGGGCCCCGCCUUCCGGCAGGCUUACAAGGCUCAGAGCCUCCGCUUCCCCAACUACGGCCUGAGCCAGGGCCUCAGCUCCCGCCGCUGGUGGCUGGAUGUGGUCCUGCAGACCUUCCACCUGGCAGGGGUCAGGGAUGCCCAGGUGGUGACCCCCAUCGCGGAGCAGCUGUACACGGACUUCAGCACCCCUGGCACCUGGCAGUUGUUGGAGGGUGCCGAGGCCACGCUGAAGGGGUGCCGCGAGCGGGGGAUGAGGCUGGGGGUGAUCUCCAACUUUGACCGGCGACUCGAGGACAUCCUGGUGGGGCUGGGCCUGCAGGAACACUUCGAUUUUGUGCUGACCUCCGAGGCUGCCGGCUGUCCAAAGCCGGACCCCCGCAUUUUCCAUGAGGCCUUGCGGCUGGCUCAGGUGGACGCAGCCGUGGCAGCUCAUAUUGGGGACAAUUACCGCUGUGAUUACCAGGGCCCACGGGCAGUCGGCAUGCAUAGCUUCCUCGUGGUUGGCUCUGGGCCCGUGGACCCCCUGGUCAAGGCUUCUGUGCCCCAAGAACACACCCUGCCUUCCUUACCCCUCCUCUUGCCUGCCCUUGACCACCUGGAGGCCUCCCUCCCCAGGAUUUGAGACCUGGGAGGGAAGCAGCUGCACCCAACAGACGUGGAAGACAAGGGCCCCCUUAUUUGCUGAUUGUGGCCUCUGCCCUUCUUCCUAGCAGUCUCUGCGGCGUCUUCUGAAUAUAAAGCAGUGAGUGUGGGGCCUGCCACCCUGCCCCCGCAAAUCAGCCCCUGGACUCUGAGAUGUUCAUGCCUUCCACCUGGGCUCCACCCGGGCUGCCCCUCACCCACAAGAUGCAGCCGGGGCUCAGCUAGCGUCCCGAGUGGGCACUUUCAAAGUUUGUUUUAGCUGCGGGAGCGGAAGCACAUAAGUAAACCUUCACACGCAGCAGAGGGAAAACACGAGCUUCAAGCCCUGGAGCCUGGAAAGUCAGGGUGCAGCGCUGAGCUGGAGAGGGUCUGCGAGGCCCACAAAGGCAGGAGAAAUUGAACCUGGCCUGUCUGUUAGGGACUGUGCUGGAAAGCCUUAAAAGUGGGGGGUAGGAGGUGUGAGGAGAGAUCGUUUAGGGCUAGGCAGGUGCACCACUGACCCCUGAGCCAGGGGUAACCCCCCCCGGCAUGGAGCCCAAAGUAGCCCCCAAAUAAAGAAAUUAGGGGGUAAGUAGCCUUCCCAAGGCCCCAGUUCAUCCUGAGAGAACUAGGGUCCAACUGAGACCCUCUUCAUCUAAAGCCCUUUGACCACCCCUGGGAUGGCCAGCACCGAGUCUCCUGGUCAUCGCUGGGAGCCCACCCAGGGCUGGGCAGAACAGGAAGGUGUGCUUACAGGCACUCUCGGGUAGCAUGGGCUAGGAGAGUCCAGGGAACGGAGAUCAGGGUGGCAGAGGGGCUGCGGGAGGAGUCACCGGAAAUGGAGGAGGUUGAGCUUUUAAAUUCCACCUUCUUGGCCUGCCGGAGAUAAUACUGGACUUACUCACUGUAUGGCCAAUGUGGUUGGGUCCCUGACCACCUGGAUCCGAAGUCUUCCGGGCACCACCAAGAGUGGCUCCCAAGCGGAACUAGGAGCAGCCCCCCGCCCCCCAAACACUGUUGGGUAUUUGCCUGGUGCUGGGCAAGGGACAGGGCAGGUGAGAAAACAGAUGGGCACAUCCGGUUUACAAUACGGUACCAGCGUGUCGGGUAGACCCUGGAGCUGGCAUUUAGUUGGGCAGAUAAGGGGAAGAAGACUCACUAGACAAAAGGCAACCAGGAAGUGUGGCAUCAGGCCCCGGGGUGCCAAUAGAACACUGGGCUCUAGCUUUGGUGUGUGGUCAAAGGCUACAUCCAGGUAAAGGCUGAGAAGCUCCUUUCUGACUCAGCCAAGCCUCUUUUGGGCAUGCCUACCUCGUGCUUGAUGCCAAGGCCAGGUGAAGACGUGAGUUCCAUGGAUGUGGGUCAUGAGCCAUGGGCAUGGGCUUGGCUUAAGGACCUUGGAAAUCAACUCAACCCCAAUCACUUGCCAGUGGUCUCCAUGCUGGAUUCAUCCUUCCUGGUGUUUCAAGUACUGGGCAAACUUCAGAGUGGGCAGAGGUCGGGACGGAACUCAGCAGUGGGCACUUGUCUCAACUGUGUGAGGCCCUGGGUUCG